AAGCACUUGUUUAGACUGCUUGUGGUGUUACCAGUUGGUAAAUUCAUAUGUAUAGCCUUUUGUACUCAAGAUAGAGAUAUCAGCAGCUUAAGCUAACAUGUUACUUUCCUUGUUGGAAAUAAUGUUGUGUGCGGAAAAUGACCUGAGAGGUGGCAUGUGAUGUUUGAUUUGCUCUGGGAUUCAGAUUCGGUGGCUGACCAAGGAUGUGCAGCACUGGGCUGGGAGACUUGCACAUGCUGAUUAGCCAACCCCUCGGCCAGAGUAGCUGAGCCUUGCAAUAGAUGGGAGCCCAAAGAGAGAGAGGUCAGAUGUAUAGGAGGAUGAAUGGUUUUGCAGUAGGUUAUGACCACAGAAGGCAGUGGGGAAAUGGCACAAAGGAGGGAACAUGGCAUGAGACGGAUGCAAUUCAAGAUCCAGUCCAUAUUAUGGCUGGCAGUGGGUCCAGAUCAGGACCAUCCAGUGGAUUUUCCAUGAAAUCACAGCUUCAGAUCACUGUUAUUUCAGCAAAGCUAAAAGAAAAAAAUAAAUGGUUUGGACCUAGCCCUUAUGUGGAAGUCUCAGUAGAUGGACAGUCAAAGAAGACAGAAAAAUGCAACAAUACAAAUAGCCCCAAGUGGAAACAGCACCUAACAGUAAUUGUGACUCCUGUAAGUAAAUUAAACUUUCGAGUCUGGAGCCAUCAAACAUUAAAAUCUGAUGUCCUUCUGGGAAGUGCUGCUCUGGAUAUUCAUGAGACUUUGAAAUCAAACAGUAUGAAACUUGAGCAGGUAGUGGUGACAUUGCAUCUUGUUGGUGACAGAGAACCAGCAGAAGUGGUAGGAGAUUUGUCUGUCUGUCUAGAUGGGAUGCAGGUAGAUCCUGAGCUCCUAACCAAUGGUGAUGCCUCAAGUACAAGAAGUCCUACACAGAAUGAUAGCUCCAAAGUAAAGAAUGAUACACGGACUAACUCAAAUGGCCUUGAAAGCUGUGAAGAUGCUGUUCCCAAUGAAAACAAGACUGUUAAUGGCAGUGAUUCUCCAUUACUCACAAAUGGAAACUGCAAACCUUCUAGACCUCCCAGGCCUUCUAGACCACCUCCACCCACUCCCCGCAGACCCACUUCAGUAGCUGCAAGUGUAAAUGGUCCUUCAUCCACAUCCACAGAAAGUGAUGGGGCCAGUGCAGGAUCGCUGGCAGGUACAGCUGCAAAUACAUCUUCAGAACAGAGCCCUGAGGGGGCAACAGCUGCAACAACAGUUCCUGCAACUGCUGCACUUACCACACCUCCAGUAUCCAGACAAGUCCAGCCAGUAAAUCCUCCACCUCAGGCGCUUACUACAGUCAGUCAAGGUCCUCUUCCACCUGGUUGGGAGCAAAGAGUAGACCAACAUGGUCGAGUAUACUAUGUAGAUCAUGUUGAAAAAAGAACAACGUGGGAUCGGCCAGAGCCUCUUCCUCCAAGCUGGGAGCGACGAGUUGACAACAUGGGGAGAAUUUAUUAUGUCGACCACUUCACUAGAACAACAACGUGGCAGAGACCAACGUUAGAGUCGGUCCGGAAUUAUGAGCAGUGGCAGCUCCAGCGCAGUCAGCUUCAAGGAGCUAUGCAGCAGUUUAAUCAGAGAUUUAUAUAUGGGAACCAGGACUUUUCAUCCACACAGAACAAAGAGUUCGAUCCUCUUGGCCCUCUGCCACAUGGAUGGGAAAAGAGAACUGACAGCAAUGGCAGAGUGUAUUUUGUCAAUCACAAUACACGAAUCACUCAGUGGGAAGAUCCCAGGAGCCAGGGUCAAUUAAAUGAGAAACCCUUACCAGAAGGCUGGGAAAUGCGAUUUACUGUGGAUGGUAUUCCAUACUUUGUGGAUCACAAUAGGAGAACCACUACAUAUAUAGAUCCCCGCACGGGCAAGUCUGCUCUAGACAAUGGACCUCAGAUAGCUUAUGUGCGCGAUUUCAAGGCAAAGGUCCAUUAUUUCAGAUUCUGGUGUCAGCAACUGGCAAUGCCACAACACAUAAAGAUUACAGUGAGCAGAAAAACAUUAUUUGAGGACUCAUUUCAACAGAUAAUGAGCUUCAGCCCUCAGGAUCUACGGAGACGCUUAUGGGUUAUUUUCCCUGGUGAAGAAGGCUUAGAUUAUGGAGGUGUUGCAAGGGAAUGGUUCUUUCUAUUGUCACAUGAAGUUUUGAACCCAAUGUAUUGCCUGUUUGAAUAUGCAGGGAAAGAUAACUACUGCUUACAGAUAAACCCAGCCUCUUACAUUAACCCAGAUCAUCUGAAAUACUUCCGAUUUAUUGGAAGAUUCAUUGCCAUGGCUUUGUUCCAUGGGAAAUUCAUUGACACUGGUUUCUCUCUGCCGUUCUAUAAACGUAUCCUAAACAAGCCAGUAGGACUCAAGGAUUUAGAAUCUGUUGACCCAGAGUUUUACAACUCUCUCAUCUGGGUAAAAGAAAAUGAUAUUGAAGAAUGUGGCUUGGAAAUGUUUUUCUCAGUUGAUAAAGAAAUUCUAGGUGAAAUCAAAAGUCAUGAUUUGAAGCCAAAUGGUAGCAACAUUCUGGUCACAGAAGAAAACAAAGAAGAAUACAUUAGGCUAGUAGCAGAAUGGAGACUUUCCCGAGGUGUUGAGGAGCAGACACAGGCUUUCUUUGAAGGCUUUAAUGAAAUUCUGCCACAACAGUAUUUGCAGUAUUUUGAUGCUAAGGAACUGGAGGUGCUUCUGUGUGGAAUGCAAGAAAUUGAUUUGAAUGACUGGCAGAGGCAUACCAUCUACCGGCACUAUACCAGGACCAGCAGACAGAUAGUAUGGUUCUGGCAGUUUGUGAAAGAAAUAGAUAAUGAGAAGAGAAUGAGGCUCUUGCAGUUUGUUACUGGAACAUGCAGAUUACCAGUGGGAGGAUUUGCUGACCUCAUGGGGAGCAAUGGACCCCAAAAAUUUUGUAUUGAAAAAGUUGGAAAGGAAAACUGGUUACCUAGAAGUCAUACCUGUUUCAAUCGCUUAGACCUUCCACCCUAUAAGAAUUAUGAGCAGUUGAAGGAAAAGCUGUUGUUCGCAAUUGAAGAAACAGAAGGAUUUGGGCAAGAAUAGCUAAAAUUUGCACCUUGAAGAAUGUGAACUCAACACGAUGUAUGUUCUUCACUUCUUCUGCUUGUUGCACACUUCAUUGUAAAGUACACUUGACUUGGAUUUAUUUAACAAUACUAAUGUGCUGAGGUGGAAGAAACACUGAAGCGAAUUCAGAGCCAAAAAGGAGUGCAGGGAAUCAUUGUUGUUAAUUCUGAAGGUAUUCCUAUCAAAAGUACUAUGGACAACUCCACAACGAUUCAGUAUGCGGGCCUCAUGCACAGCUUCAUCAUGAAGGCAAGGAGCACUGUGCGA